CGUAUGGUACCGUACGUAAUGUACGGUACGCUCCUUCUUCAGUUUGAUGUGACCCAUGGCAGACUUUUUUUAUUCGCAGAUUCUCGAUAGUAUCGUACCAUGCCAAAACAGUGUCUCUCAACAUUUGUCACUUGAAAACCCAUUCCUUCACUUUCGUCUCCAGAAAAGAACGUCAAGAUGGUGAGUGGCUCAAGAGAGAAGGAUAGAUAGAGGAAGAUAGAGGCAACGACAAUGGAUUCGAAAACGAGAGCUAGUAACAGAGGCAACGAUAAUGGAUGACUCUCGCCUACAACGGAAACGACAAGUAUACUCACCUCUCUUCUGCUGCAUUCUUUUUCCACGUGUGUACAACAAACAAACAACACACAAAACAAAGCCUGCCCCAAGAAACAUCCGCAACCGAAACGCGAAAUUCAACAAGAACAUCACCAAGCGGGGAAAUGUCGACCCAGGAAAGGUAAAGGAACGCGAAGACGAUGGCCCACGCAUCAGCCCUGCCCUCAUUGGUUUCUUUUUGGUCAUUGUCGUUGGGUCGAGUUUGGUACAGGUUUUCAACUUGUUUGGAGGCCCCAAGCCUCCAUUGGAAGACGAAUAAAUAGGUCGAAUGUCGAUACUUGAGACCACAACAAAAUAGAAUGGGUCGGAUAGAUUUUAGGGUGUAAUUUCACCACUAUAAAUGGAUUUGUCCGCACCUGUCAAUGCCUUGAAAGACCGGGGUGUUGGGAAACACAAUAAAUAAAAAAGCCAUACCUUAAAAAUCAGAUUUUUUGCGUUGGUAAUUGAGUUGCUCAAACUACAUAAGAUAAUUGCUAAUUCAUGAUUGGAUUCAGUCCAUCAAAAUGAACAGGAGGUAUUUUCUACUUUCUUCUUGGACUUAAUAGAAAAAGUCAGAAAAA